AUGAGCUUCGUGCCGAAGCGAUGCACGACAUAUGCAGCAUCGAACGUGCAAAAUCUUAACCAAUUACCGCCUACUUAUAUGUACUCGGUAAUUUUCAAGGACAUCGUAUUAGAAAUCAAUGAUGAUGAUGCCAAAUCUAUUAAGGCUUUAGAAAUUUAUUGCAAAAAAAAAGAAAUUCCUGACACAGAAAUAAAUGAACUAAAACGUAAAUACCAUCAGAAAUCACCGGUCUGGUGGUAUACAUGUGAAAUGUUUCUAUAUGGCAUGCUUAAUCGUGGGUUACGAUCGCUUGAUACGGAAGCGAUGUCUAAGUUAGGCUUUUCUAUUCGAAGUCUUCAUCGUCAACUGGAACAAUUGCAUCAGGAACAGUCGGCAAAUUUUAAGAAAUCAUUUACCGUUUAUCGUGGUCAGGGAAUGAGCAAAGAAGAUUUUCAGAGUCUACUAGAUUCAAAAGGUGGUCUACUAUCGUUUAAUAAUUUUCUAUCAACAAUGUUCUCAGCAUUAGCUGGCCCACAAUAUUAUCUAUAA